AAACUGACAUUGAGCCUCGCAUGGAUGAUGUGGAAUCGAGCACGCAAUCUGUCCAUUUCAAGAAUGAAACUGUGGUCGAAUGAUAAAUCCCCAUGUUGAAUUAACUUUGUACUGGCAAAUUAGGAUUUGUCCUAAAUAAAAGAUUGGAUUCCCAUGUCGCCACCUCACUCGUCUCGUGCUAUUCAUUAUCCUUCGAGGGAAGCGGAUGAUAAAUACUUCCACCAAAAACCAUUGGAGCAUACUGAGCGUGAAAUCACUUGGGCUGAACUAUCUAAGGCUCUAGGUUUGAAUCGAUCGUCUCUUGGUCCCGUGGUCAAGCGGAGUAAACGACAAGUGAGUGAAGAUUUCAACCGUUCCCAGACCAUCCCUCGUGCCACGCCCUACUCCGGUUCUGCCACAUCAGACGACCAAGACAUUGAGAAAGCAUUUGACGAAGGAAAGAUCACGUUGGAGGAGUAUGGCAAGGAUUUUUUGGCAUUCAUUCAACAAUCCAAAUUUGCCAAUGUCCCUGCUGAAGACGCGUCUCCAAUGCCCGUUGAGGAAGACUUUCUGCCUUUCGAAUUGGAGGAGCCCAUCUCAGUUCCAUUCAUAAAUACUGAAGAUUUAGACGUUGGCCGAACAUUUCAACAAGAUGAUUAUCUUGCUGCCAUUUUCGAUGAGGACAUCCCCUCUCCCAAGUCCACUUCCGUCCCUGAUGUAAGUAAUGUGAAUGAACAAGAAGGUAAAGCCAUCGAAGAGCAUUUGAAAUCCAGUGACGAUCAAAGUUCAACCCCGAUCGUUGCUGAAACUUCGAAUGUGCGAGAUAUUGAACGUGAAUAUGAUGAAGGUAAAAUUACUUUGAAGGAGUAUACAGACUAUUUUGUGACCGUCGUUCAGAAGAAUGUCCCUGUUGACAAAUCCACGGACACUGCGACUCUAUAUGAUGAUAUCUUUGCCCCAACUGUUUCGCAAGAAGAGUCCUUACCCAUCCGACACAGUGCGGAUGUUACCAUUUCGGGUGAGCCAGAUGUUGAAAAAGCUUUUGACGAAGGAAAGAUUACUUUCGAGGAGUACACCGAUCAUUUUCUGACUUCCGUUGAGAAGCAAGUGCCAGCUGAUAAAUCUUCCCCAUCCACUGCAUCCGUUGUUGAAGAAGAGCCUCUGCCUAGCAAACCCACGGAAGUGUCCUCAACCCUUUCAAAGGCUUUUGCCGAUUUGAGCGAUUUUGAUGUUGAUCAGGAGAUUGAGAAGAUUUUCUUGAACGAGAACGUCGACCAACUCGAUCUCUUUGGUGAACAACAAGCCCCUACUGACAAGUCGACCUCAAGCGCCUUGGAGGCCAGUCCUCUGAAUCGAGGAAGGUUGAGUGUGGAUGAUCAGACCUCUACAGCUCGUGCAAUUGAGGCUUCUUUUGUCCCCGUGAAGGAGUCAAGAAAAAUGAUGGAAAAGAUGAUGACCUCUUUUGGAUUAACUAGAGACGAUCUUCAUGAAAUCCUCGUCAACGUGAAACCUCUUUGGGAGACAGACCCUGCCCCAAAGUCUCAGGCCAGCUCUGAUGACUCUCGAGUUUCCAAGGUAGUGACCACUGACGCUCCCAUCCAUAAGACCACAUCAGUUCCAUCAAGUAAAGUAAAUGCCAGUGUCUCGCCUAUGGCCAAAGUGAUUGUUUCUAGUGCUAGAGAUUUUGCAGCAGAAUACAAGGCCGGCAAAAUCACGAAGAGUGAAUAUGUUAACCUUGUGAUUUCAAGUAUUCGCACGAAAUCGCCCAUUGCUCCUGCAACAACUUCAAGGCCCAAAACUUUACCCAAGACAACUACCACCUCCAGGCCAAUAACUACUUCUCAAUCAGCCAUCCCAACAAGAGUUCAAUCCAAGAACGUGGUUCAAUUGCCCGUGAUCGUCAAGACCCCAUUGCCAACCAGCAUCUUCAGUAUUUUUGACACAGUGACACCAAAUGGAGUUGGUAAGAAAACGGUCUUGUCGAAAACCAACAGCCCAUUAUUUGCUGUGUUCAAGAAGGCGCCAUCUCCGACAAUCCCCAUUCGUAAGGAAGUCAAACAUGUGAAGAACCCAAAUCCGUUUUUUGCUACGUACCAGAAGACCUCGACUUCAAGGAAAUCUGCAUCUGGUUCCAAGGUCCCCAAAGUGAGUGGAAGUGCUGGUAAUCCACUAUUCGCCGUGUUCAAGAAGCCUUCAAGUUCAACCCGUAUCGAAUCCACCCCGGUACCUAAGCAUGAAUCGGCUGGAAUUGAUGGAAAUCCCCUGUAUGCCGUUUUCAAGCGACCCACGGCUUCCGGCAAAACUAGCUCUGCCAAAGUGACUUCCGAGACUGAACAGCCUUGGGUAUCUGUUGACCAGGAUGAGUUCAAGUAUUGGAAGAGUGCCCCAAUUUCUAACCUUGUGGAUGUGGUGUAUGGAGAGGCUAAGCCGGUGUUUGACAAGGAUGUCAAGUCUGUCCCCUACCAAAGCCGAGCCACUGCCGAGACUAAUACUGCCACCAACCAACAACCCGUCACGAUCAGCUAUACGAAAUCCUUGCCCAAAAGCUUUCCCUACAUUGUUGGCGCUAACGCCAAGAAACCCAGCUACGAGAUCCAUUACCAUAGCUACAAUGUGCAAUUGCCUCACCAUGUGGCCUCACCAUUCAUUCAAAAGCUCUAUCAUGGUCUCCGCACCCAGUCCAAGAAGUAAGAGCCUGGAAGGGGCGUGAGAGAGAUGACAAAAGUAUUCCACAGUAUCCAUUGUUUCGUACGCGAUUACUAAUUUUUCUUGAUUCUUUUUGUCCGUGGAACAAACUUUGGCUUUGUUUAAUUUUGAAAUAAUUCUUUCAAAUUUCAUUUCAUUGACCUUUAUCGCCCAAUAACAUCCAAAUGCAAUAAAUUUUGUGAAUCUCAAA